UUUCUAGGGUUCUUGGGCAAGGACAGGAUGUUGGAACAGCUCUUGAUCUUCACGCGCGGCGGCCUCAUCCUGUGGAGCUGCAAGGAGAUCGGCAACGCGCUCAAGGGAUCGCCGAUCGACACGCUGAUCCGGUCGUGCCUGCUCGAGGAGCGCAGCGGCGAUCGAUCCUUCCGCUACGAUGCCCCAGGUGCGUCCUACACGCUCAAGUGGACGUUCCAGAACGAGCUGGGGCUCGUGUUCGUGGCCGUCUACCAGCAAUUCUUGCAGCUCCUCUAUGUUGACGAGCUGCUGGCCAUGGUGAAGCGCGAAUUCUCGGCGGUGUAUUCUCCCCGGAAGGCCUCGUAUCGGGACUUCGAUGAGGUGUAUCGGCAGCUCGAGAAGGAGGCGCUGGCUCGCGGCGAGGCCAACAAGGGACUUAACAAGGCAAACAGGAAGAUCGAGGAUGGAAGCAGCAAGAACACCGAUCUGCGAGGGGGAACUGUGCUUCGCGGGUCGGUCAAGGGAUCGGCAGGGACAAAGGGGCAAAAGGAUGGGAAAGAGGAUGACAGUGCUGCUGAUCACAAGCCUGCCGCUGUUGUGGAGAAGGCUGGCCACGAGAAUGGAGUGACAAAUGGGAAAUUGAGCAGCAGCGAUGAGGAGUCCAAGCCGGUGGAGGUGGCCUUCGAUCGGAGCAAGCUCCAGAAGCUGAAAGCGAAGGGGGGAAAGAAGACCAACGCUGCGAAGAAGGAGAAGGAGGAUCCCAAGAAGAAAGUGAAGCAGGAUAGAAAGCCGUGGGACGCUCCAGCGACUGGGAAGCUGGACUACUCCGAGCCUGUUCGUGACACCAACGACGAGGAGGUUGUGGAGGUUCACGGGAAAAGUUUGGUGGACUACGAGGAGGACGAGGAGUCCGAUGACGAGGAGGCGAAGGACGAGAAGGCUCCUGCCAAGAAAGGAUGGUUUUCGAGCGUUUUCCAGAGCGUCACUGGGAAGGCGGCUCUUGAGAAGGCGGAUUUGGUGCCCGCGAUGAAGGCGCUGAAAGAUCGUCUAAUGACCAAGAAUGUGGCUGAAGAGAUUGCUGAAAAGAUAUGCGAGUCUGUUGCUGCAAGUCUUCUCGGCAAGAAGCUUGGAACGUUUACUCGAGUAUCAUCCGCUGUAAAGGAGGCGAUGGGAGACGCUUUACUGCGAAUACUAACUCCAAAGCGUUCCAUUGACAUCCUGAGAGAUGUAAAGUCGGCAAAGGACGAAGGUCGCCCCUAUGUGAUCGUAUUUGUGGGAGUUAAUGGAGUGGGGAAAUCUACAAGUCUUGCCAAGGUGGCUUAUUGGCUUAAAAGCCACGAACUGAGUGUCUUGAUAGCCGCAUGCGACACAUUUCGUUCGGGAGCUGUGGAGCAGCUCCGUACUCACGCCAAAAGGCUCCAAACUACGCUGUACGAGAAAGGAUACGAAAAAGAUCCAGCAAAUGUGGCCCGGGAGGCAAUCGCCACAGCUGCUAAAACUAAGCACGACGUUGUGCUGGUUGAUACUGCAGGUCGAAUGCAGGAUAACGAGCCUCUUAUGAGGGCCCUUGCGAAUCUGAUCAACGUAAACAAGCCAGAUCUGGUGCUCUUUGUCGGAGAAGCGCUUGUGGGCAACGAGGCUGUGGACCAGCUCUCCAAAUUCAAUCAAGUCGGUGGCUUUUUCUUUUUUCUGGUUUCUUCCUCUGAUGAGAGUUUCCCCUUGCAGACUUUGGCUGAUCUCUCGGCAACGGCGAAGCGAAAGCCGAUUGACGGGAUACUUCUCACCAAGUUCGAUACCAUCGAUGACAAGGUGGGAGCAGCGUUGUCCAUGGUCUAUGUUUCUGGCGCACCGAUCAUGUUUCUUGGAUGCGGUCAGAGUUACCAUGACUUGAGGAGGCUCAAUGUCAAGUCGAUUAUCAAGACUUUGUUGCAGUAGUGAUACUACCCGCAGUGUGCUGGUUGUGGAGGUGUGUUCUUGGUAAUAAAAGACGAGCUUGCUGGUUACUUA